CGAUCCGAGUAUUAUCGGCUGCCAUACCUCCGGAAGUAUUCUCCGAAUUGACGUAUGGUGUCUUGUGUGCUAGUUGUUUCAUAAGACGUUCUGACCAUAUAAUGCGCUUAGGACAGUGGCCUUGCCAUGGCUACUUUGAAUUAAAUGUACGUUCUGUCUAGCAGUGUACUGGCCCUUAAACAACUAUCCCCUUAAAAAUAACAGGAUUAAAUCAAAUUGGUUGUGUUUUGGGGGGAAGUCGCAAACAAAUGCCUUGAUCCUUUUCAUGAAUGGCUGAAUAUCAGUGAAAGUUGUACUGACUGUGGUCAAUACCCACAUACCCACAGUCCCUGAUCGAGUGAUGGCUGAAUGGGAACAAAAUUGUAACCUUCCCUGUUUUUGAAAUGGACUUAUCCAAAAGGACAUUAGUUUAAGACUCGCCCUGUAGUGUCGACACGGGCGUGCAUAUGCGCAGUUUGUAUUACUGUAUCACGUUUGCGAUUGCCUACUCAGAAUCACUAUGAGCAACGGUAGAACUAUUUGUGAGUGAUAAUUGUUCUCUGCUGGAUAAAUUAUUCUGAUUAAGGCAGUAGAUAGACGACGAGGUUAUAAACGUCCCUGGGAGAAUUUAAUAGGCCCAGCAGCAUACUUGCAUUUCAAUAGAUAGGAAUUCAAAAAGUCCAAAAUGGAGAUGCUGAAGUACAUUUGUAGCAGUGUUGGUAUGACCACCGUGAUCCUUUGCCUGGUCAUCUUGUUGGCCUUAAGGGUCAUCUUCAAGGCAAGGUACUUGCCUCCAGGCCCGUGGGGUUUCCCUUGGCUCGGUAUGGUCCCGUACUUCUGGCUCGUCGGUCGCUUGGACGGGGUUCAACGGCACGAAGCUCUAGCCCACUUGGCGGCUCGCUACGGCAAGGUGUUUAGCUUCACGGUGCUUGGAAAACUGGUCCUUGUGCUGUCGAACAAGGAGGCGGUCGAAGAAGUUUUCCGUCGACAAGAGUUGAACGACAGGCCUAAAGUUUGGAUCAAAAAUGGCCCAAAGGGAGAAGGUCUGGCUACAGCAUCCGGUGAAGCCUGGAAGCAGCAGCGCGCCUUUACCGUCCGAAUUCUGGAUAAGUUUGGGGUUGGCAAGCCAGCCUUUGAGGAAAAGAUCGCUAGGGAAGCCAGGUCUCUGCUAAGUGUCAUAGCUAAGAAAGAGGGGCAGUCAUUUGAUCCUAAGCACCUGCUGAUGCUCUGCGUCUCCAACGUCAUCACUGAGCUUUUGUUUAGUACUAAGCAUGAGUACGGUGAUGCUGAUUACAUGAAGCACUUGGAUGCCAUAAGAGAGAUCACACAUCUGAUGGGCUCAUCCGGGGCCGCUAACAGCGUAUAUCUAUUGUCCCACAUCCCCACCCCGUCUAGGAUCCGCCUCGCUGAGCUCUUAAGCUACGAAGCUAACACCAUAGAGGGGAUGAUUAAGACUCACCUGGACAUUUUGGACCGCGGGAACCUCCGUGAUUACCUGGACGAGUAUCUGAAUGAGAUGCUAAGCACAUGUGAGGAAGGAUUACAGUCAGAGAUUAGCAGAGAGAAUCUCAACAGGAAUUUGAGUCAUCUGUUCCUGGCCGGAACUGAGAAUAUUUCCACCACUUUGAGAUGGUCCCUGCUGUUCAUGAUCGGUAAGCCGGACGUCCAGGCGAGAGUCCAGGCCGAGUUGGACCGAGUGGUCGGUCGGGAGCGUCUCCCCACGCUCGCUGACGAGCCUUCACUGCCUUACACCCGGGCUACUAUGCUUGAGAUCCAGCGAGCCGCGAGCACAGCUGCUCUGGGCGCGGCGCACCGCUCGUCCCGUUCCUUUUCCUACCGCGGGUGGACCAUCCCAGCCGACACCACAGUCAUUUGCAACGUUUGGGCCAUCCACAAUGAUCCUGAGAUCUGGCAGGAUCCGGCUGAAUUCAAGCCUGAGAGAUUCUUGGGAGAAGACAACGAGAUCAUCAAGGAUGCUUGCCUCAUCCCAUUUAGUGCAGGUAAUCGCGUGUGUGUCGGGCGGCACCUAGCCAGAAUGGAGAUAUUCGUCUUCUUUUCUCACCUCAUGCAUCGCUUCCACUUCCGGAAGGUCGGCAAUUCACCUGUUUCUUUCCAGGGACAUGGGAGCUUCGCUCGCGAGCCGCUCGACUUUCAAGUGGAAGUGACUGAGCGUAAAUAAGCCACGCUGUCUCAAUAGAAAAGUUAAGUAACCACGUAGAGAGGUUUACGAAAUCACGGAUGUGUUUAAGGUGAACGUGUAAAUGCCAAACUCUGACUAGUUGGGGCCUCUUCUGUAUCCGGAAUGAAUUUGCAUAAGAGCUUGAGUAUAAAAAUUUGUGUUUGAAAAUUACUAUAUCUUUUUGGAAGUGUUGUAAUAUUGUAGGCCUACUUGUGGUUAAUGGGUAACAGUUUUACAAUUUUAAUAGUUUGGUGAUGGUAAUUAGAGCUUACAUAAAGCAAUAUUUUGUAUAUAAUAUAUCUUUUAAUGGAUGCUUUUUAUUACCACUUUCACCAGGUGUUUUCGCACGGGUGGGAGUACCAUUUGGGAAAGUUGUCGGGAUGCCACGUGAGGUGAAAUAAUUCUAAAAGACAAUUAAGUUUAAUUCUGUGAAUUUUACAUAAAUCAUGCUCUGACAGUCAUCAGAAUUCCUAAACUCUGGUGAUUUAAAUCCUUACAGAGAGGAGAGAGAGGGCUUUAGUGCCUUCGAGUCUGAACAAGUAAAACGUCGUUAAAAAAAUUUAAACGCAUUUUUGCUGCUCAAUUUCAGGUGGAAGAAAACUAAGGCUUAAUGCUAAUUAAGCAAAAAUUAUGUUGGCGUAUUGUAUGUGUUACAGUUGCUUUCAAGUUAUAUGCUUUCCUCAUGAUUUUUUUUCGGUGCAUGUUUCUUCUCUUUUGCCAUUUUCUUAUGUGGCCAACUGCCGAACUGUAAAUGGUCCCUCUACGUGCCGGGCCUCAUAAUAUUGUUUUUUCUUGUAUUAUUCCACAAAGGAACAUACCCUGUUACCCUGGGGAGGAUUACAUCAAAGGUUUAUAUACAAUUAAAGUUUAAAUCAUGA